CUCUUUCUUCUACCAGCCUCACCGAACAUCCACAGACACAAUCUCGAUAACAGCAGCACAGCGGAAUGUCCCGACAGACCCCAAAUCUCCCCACGCAGCGCAAGCCAUGUGAUCUGCCAAGCGAACAGUCAUCGAAGUCCUUCUGGCACAGCGAACCCUCGUCACUCCUGCUCGGCCAUCGCUCCACGAGGGACCUGCCCGAGACUGCCGACUUGGUUGUCGUUGGCAGUGGCAUCAGCGGAGCCAGCAUAGCCCAUCACCUUCUCAACGAUGGCGAUACCGGUGGCCAAAAGCCCCAUGUGGUGAUGCUCGAGGCACGAGAGGCAUGCUGGGGUGCUACAGGACGAAAUGGCGGUCAUUGCCAACCAAUCUUCUUCGAACACCCCAACAAGCCGGAAAUUGGUCGCUUCGAGCUCGCCAACUUCCAAGCACUGGAUAAGCUGAUCAAGGAAAAGUCCAUAGACUGCGAGUUCGUGGUCCAACCUGGUGUUCGCGGUAUCUACUCGGAGCAUCAUCUUAAGACCACUGAACGCGCACUGGAGACCAUUAAGACUACGGCACCUGACCUCUCGUCCAUGAUGCGAAUGGUCACUUCCAAGAAGGAACUAGACGGGCUCCGACUGCCCACCGCGCUCGGUGCCGUUGUGACUGACGUGGCAGCCCGGAUGUGGCCUUACAAGUUCGUCUGCCGGAUCUUGGAGGAUCUUCUGACAUCUUCAGACCUGGACGGACUCUUCAACCUGCAGACACUGACUCCUGUGACUAAGAUUCUCCCCUGCGAUACUGGCGUAGACGUGCAUACGGCACGCGGCACAAUCCGGGCCUCCAAGGUCGUGCUUGCUACCAAUGCCUAUACUUCGCAUCUCGUUCCUGCAUUCUCGAACCUGAUUGUCCCAUGUCGAGGUCAAAUGAGCAGUCUCAUCCCAUUUCCAUCUGUUGCCGGAGAGAACAGACUCAAGACAUCUUUCGGCUUCCUCGGCGACGGACUGGACGACUACCUCAUCCAGCGUCCUUCCGAUCGAGGAGAGCAUCUGAUGUUCGGCGGCGGCAGACAGCACGGUCCGUCUAUCGGCGUCACAGAUGACAGCGUCGUGGACCCAAAGACCGCUCAUUACCUCCGCAGCCGGCUGAUCGAAGCCUUUCAACUGCCAGAGAGUGAAGAUGGGGCGUCACAGACCUACGAAAUGGAAGCUACUCACGAGUGGUCAGGAGUCAUGGGCUUCUCCCGGGACGACCUCCCUUGGGUUGGCAGAAUUCCCAAUGCAGCCCACACGUACAUCUCUGCAGGCUUCACCGGCCACGGUAUGCCAAACACCUGGUUGAGCGGCAAAGCACUUGCUCUUCUAGUGAGCGAGUCACUCACCCAUAAGCGCAACGAAAUCGAAAGCUUGCGUUUUAUCAUGCAAAAGACCGGCUUGCCCGAUUCGUACCUUGCCAGCGAGGAGCGAAUCAAAGCCGCUUUGCAACUCGAGGAUGUAGAAGCGCGGGACUGGGCAGAGAUGCAGCGAGGACGGGGAAGAUUCGAUCCAGAGUACCAAGCUCAAUUGGAGCUGCUGGAGCAGCAUUGUCUCAGUAGACUGGGCAGUGCCGUGAAAGAGCCACAGGUGCAGGUGGGUUCAAAAUUUAACGACAAGUCGAAUGUACGAAUCCCUCCCCCUGUCACGAAAUUUUGUGGUCAGACAGGGUCAGCUGAUGGGAACGACGCACUCAGGGAUUACCAGCUCCAGUUGGUGCUGCUCGACUGCCAGAACAAGAGACGGCUUCUGUGGGCAAAGCGUGAGCAAGCUUCCAGGGGCCAAUUGAACGCGCAAGUUCCCGCUCCGCAAGUUCCUACUCCCACACAACUUUCCAAGCAGGCAGAGCUCUCGGGAAUUGAUUUUGAUAAUGCAAUGAAAGAGUACAAAAAGCAAAUGCGAUUACUAGACCGACAAGAUGGAAUGGAACUUUUGACAGGAUCACGAGAGCAAGAACCAUUCGUCGAUUCGAACACGCACGCUCAGAACAUCACACAGCCUCUCAAUCGAGCCGAGUGGGAACUUUUUCGAGGCCUGGCUGAGAGGAGAACUUCACGAGAACUGGCACUGGCUGAACCACGAGAGUCACACCUGGUUCUGGUAGAAAAGAACGAGCAAGGAAAGUUCGAGCUUCCGCAUCUCUUCAAGCGGCAAUUGCAGGUGCUGGAGAAACAGAGGAGGCAUCUGCUUAAGAGGUGCGCACUAAAGCCAGAUGCACCAUGGACCUUGGAAUAUCUCGAAUCGCACAUUGAGAUUCUAAAUCUCCGGCCCAACACGGGCGCAUCUUACGAGAUCCAAUGGGAGACGCCACUGCCCUCAAAUCCUGUAUUGGAGGACUUCCACAAGCAAGCGCAGGUCGUGAAGGAUAUGAUCAGUAGAGGGCAGAUGGCGCAUUGUGAGGUCUUGUGAGGGUUUACGCCGCGCAUGCCCAGCAACAAGAAGGAUCGAGGAGCAAUAAGCAGCAUUUGUUAAGGGCAAUGGCUGAGACUUACGAAACGAUGUGGAGGCACCAUGUGGAAACAGUGCGACUUGAGCUUGAACGAGAGCAGUAGACGCUUACUAUUUGCUUCGCUUAGUUAUCAGUCGAGCGUCAAUGCAUGACGAGGGACGAGAAUCAUGAUGAGUUUCGGUAUUGUCGAAUCUGUCUUCUGUAUCCCGCUUACCGAUGCUUCGGCGUUACGGGAAUCUGCUGGGUGAUAUCCGUAGUGUCCAUUCAGUGAAGGACUGUUGAACAGGCCGUCAUCUUCGUGCACAAGAAAUCAAUCGCCUCAGCUAGUGUUGCACUAGGAUAUGCCAC